AUGGAGCCCCUGGAGGUGCGGUGGAUGCACACGGGCGCCAAGCACCUGUCACUGCCGACCGCACCGAUCACAGCGGCUGAGACGGCAUACAAGGCCUUCUCGAUGGAUGAAAGCGACCGCAUCGAGGCCGAGUGGGAGAAGCUGUCUAAAAAGACGCAAGCUAAGAUUGUGCGCGAGUGGGGUCGCGGAGACGGCGAGUGGAGCCUGAAGGAACGAUCCGUGGGCACCAAAGCCAAGGGAGAAGACAACGAGCAGGCAAUCAAGGAAGCCGACGAGGCCGACGACCCGCCGACGCCUGCUGCGUCGGAGGCUUCCCUUCCUGACUCACCGGAGGACAAGGCCGAGGUAUACAAGUCGAUUAUAGAGCGCACUCGCACCGAUCCAACCCAGCUCGACCAGGUUCACGGUGUGCCCGUGUCGCAAGACUCGCUCUUUGAGGUCGACCUUGACACGCUCUCGCUGCAUCCCGUGUUCUGGCCACAGAGUGGUCCACGCGUUCCUGUCCUUCGUGGGACAUGGUACGUCGAGAACGAAACCCGCCCAUGUGCAUGGGAUCUCGCAGCCGAGCUCGAGAAAGCGUACCAGAAGGUGCAACCGUGGCAGCCGGCGUACAAGGACGAAUUGUACGCGGCGCGCGUUCUAGCAGCCAACGGCGACGAGAAGCUCAAGCAGGAACUGCCGAAGAGAUUUGGUGACGGCGUUGCGGUGGUGUUCGAGGACGCGGUGCGAGGCCGCUUAAUCACCUCCGGUGCGCUUGAUGUGCUUUCGCGCGCGAUCUGGUCAUCAUUUGGCGAGACGACGGGCUCGUACAUCUAUCGUGGUUACACAGCAGCGGCAGCCUCUCGGGCGCCCGUCCCCGUGGUACCCAUGGCGCCUGUCACGGAGAACAGCGGGCCGCCCGAGGCGACGGCCAAAUCACUGGCCAAGUCGGGGCAUUCGACACCCGAGCUGGAAGAACCAGAGAACGGCAAGAACAAGAAGGCACAGUGGCCCAAGUCACCGACUGAGUUCUUCGCUCGCGCCAAGAAAGAGAUCGAGGCGCGGCAAAAGUCGAUGGAAGAGCAGAAUGCCCCCAUAACCCGUUCACACAACGACGACGAGCCUUGCACCGACCUCGUCCUGGUCAUCCAUGGCAUCGGACAGCAUCUCGCGGCGCAGUACGAGUCAUUCAACUUCAUCUACGCCGCGAACCAAUUCCGCCAAGUGUUGCGGAAGCAGUCAGAUGAACCGUCAAUUUCAUCGGUGAUGCGCGAUCGCCGUUGCCAGGUGUUACCCGUCCAGUGGCGCGCCAGCCUAAAUCUGGAGAGCGGGAGCUCGGAGGAGGAUGCUGAGAAGGAGGAGAGCAACACUUUCACUUUUGCUGACAUCACGAUUGGAAAGAGUAUCCCCUAUGUCCGCGAAGUCACCAACUCCGUGCUGCUCGAUAUCCCGCUGUUCAUGUCCGAUCAUCGGCGGAAAAUGAUUGAGGCUGUCUGCCAGCAGGCUAACAAACUGUAUCGCAUGUGGAUAGCUCGUCACCCCGACUUUGAGAAACACGGACGCGUGCACAUCGUGGGGCAUUCGCUUGGUUCUGCGCUCGCUGCACACAUUCUGUCUAACCAACCGACAACAGUGCCCAGACUGUCCGACUUACCGAUGGCCGCGCUUGAGCAGGCUACCGACCGAUUCAUUUUCAACACCUCGAACCUCUUCUUGUGUGGAAGUCCGCUGGGUAUCUUCCUCGGGUUGCGACAAUCGCACAUCAUCGCCCGCUCUGGGAGAGAACGAACCAUGAAUGCAGCGCCUGAUGAGGCGGAGCUACACCCAGGGAACUUUGGGUGCAUGGCCAUCGACUCUGUGUACAACAUCUUCUAUUACACCGACCCCGUCGCGUAUGCUUUGAAUGCCACGGUCGACGUGCGCGUCGCUAAAAAGCGUCCGCCACUGGCGAUUCCUUCUGUGACGGGGUCGCUCUUCCCGUCCGUCGCUCUCCCACCUAUGCCCACGAUGCCGGCGUUGCCCACGUUGCCGUCCAUAUCUGGAGUAAAGAAGUACUUGCCCUUCGGGGGCCCUUCCUCGACCAAGAGGGAGCCUGGUUCAAAAGACCAGAAAACGCCGGAGAGCGAAGAGGUCGAGCUAAUCACCGAGGACGAGCGGCUGGCUGGGACGAGGGGCGAGCGCCGUUUUGCAGCACUCAACCCACGCGGAAGCGUCGACUUCUUCCUUCCUUCCAGCGGUGUUAACGACUAUGUCGACAUGAUCACAGCUCACUCAAAUUACUGGGCAGAUCCUAAUUUUAGCGCGUUCAUUCUCAACGAGACUUUUGCGACACCCGAGGACGAUGCGCGGACUGGCAGGGCGCCGGAGGAGCCAAAGGAGUAG